ACUAUAAAAUAAUUGUGAUAGCAAUAAGUACAAAAUAAUGGAAGUGAAGAGUGAUGUGCAUUUAAGGGCGAUGCUCAACAGCCCCGCUAGGUACACACCGGCAGUGCCUACUCCUGAUUGGAACCUCACGCAACCAGCAACACCACAAACUCCAUCAACCAGUCAGGGUCCCCCAAAUCCUUCUUUAAUCGUAGCGACGCCCGGGUCCGCCCUCGGGGACCCCCAAACCAACAUCACGUUACAAAAUUGUGUGGCAACGGUCGAUUUACAUACACCACUGGACUUGCAAAUAGUGAAUGCGAGAACAAGAAACACGGAAUAUAAUCCGUCUAGAUUUCACGGAGUCAUAAUGCGAAUACGUGAGCCGAGGACAACGGCACUGAUAUUUAAGACUGGAAAAAUUGUGUGCACGGGCGCCAGAAACGAACACGACGCUUUAUUGGCGUCGAAAAAAUUCGCUCGUAUUAUACAGAAGCUUGGAUUUAACAUUCAAUUUGCCAAUUUUAAGGUACAGAACUUGGUAGCCACAUGCGAUCUGCGGUUCCCGAUUAAAUUGGAAAACUUGAAUCAAAUGCACGGACAAUUCAGCAGUUACGAGCCAGAAUUGUUUCCGGGUUUGGUUUACCGAAUGAUAAAACCUAGGAUCGUAUUGUUGAUUUUUGUCAACGGUAAAAUUGUGUUCACGGGAGCGAAAUCCCGACAGGAAAUUAAAGAUUCCUUAGACAACAUCUAUCCUAUAUUGAGAAGCUUCAGGAAAAACUAAGUUAUUAUUAUUAUUUAUUUACUAUUGAUCUUUUAUAAAGUUUUUAAUUAAUAAAGUUGGUGAAAUACAAAACAUAUUUUUUACAUC